UCCUUUUCUUUAUGCCAGAUAGUGAGUUCUACCAGCAUGUUACAAAAGGAAAGAGGAAAAAGACAAGUGAAUGGUGACACUAACAAAACUUUUACCCAGAUGUGCUGGCUCACUGAGAUAAGAAAAUAAAAAGGGAGUGAAAUCAGGAGAUAGCAAAAGCAUCUAAUAGACCAGACCUCAUGGAUUCAGAUGGGCUCCACUAGUUGAGCCUUAAAAUUCAGAGUUGCAGGCAAAAGGCCAUAUAACUAUUCAACAAUGUAACUGAUUGGAUAAUUAAGCUAGUUAUGCACAGUGCACAUAUAUCAAAUCUAAAUCAAGGAAAAGGAAAAUACACAAGUACCAGUGAUCAGAGUCCAAGCUUGGUCUCUUCAGGGAGGAAGCUGGUGACAGCUUGUUGAGUUUUUCAGGGAAAACAUCCAGUUUGUUGAAAAACCUCCUUCACAAGCUCAAGGCAUCUGCGCAGGAGUGGCUGUCUGGACCCUAUCCUUUGCUAAGACCAUCCAAUGUGGAUUUCCUAACUAUCUCUGCUGCUUUCCCUCUCCUCCUCUAGUCUGUAGAGAGAAACUCCAACCCCAGAAGAGAGAGGUAUCUGCAGGGGAGCAACCUGGAGAGUGGAAGAAUGCAGGAGAAAAGUAUGCCAGCCAGUAAUACAGGGAUAAUGAGAGCCACUCACUUGCUGCAGUUACCGCAAGAAAUGCUGACUGAGAUAAUCAGGUACCUUCCUCCUGCGGAAAAAUCCAAGGUCCGUGCCACAUGCAGUCUCUUCAAGGACCUGGUUAAUCAGCCUGUUGUGUGGCAAAAGAGUACCAUUGUUCUCCGACGCAUAAGCGCUUUCAACGCUGAGUUCUGGGAUGUGCUUCGGAAAAGAAAGAUCACUUCUGUAGAAGUGAAAGAAAUCGGGCUUAAGCAAUGGCAAAAGCUGCUGAGGUUCAUGCCUGGUCUACUAGAUGUAACUGUGGAUUCCCUCUGGAGCGAGGAAAUCCUGCAAGGUUUACAGCUGCUCACAGAUCUACAGAAACUUCACUUGAAAAUGUGCUCUAGGUUAUCUGAGAGAAGUGUAAUCAGGGAAAUUGUGCACUUUCAACACCUUACCCACUUGUUGUUGUGCGACAUAACCUUCUUAAGAGGCAGGGAAUUGAUCAAAAUUGCUUGCUUACAAAACCUACAUAUGCUCUCAUUGCAUACUGUGCAAAAGGCUCUUCCUGAGAAAGCACUAGAGUAUGUUUUAUUCCAUUUACCAAAACUCAGAGAACUGUCACUUUCUUAUAUCCUGAAUAAGGAGCAUUUUUUGUUAUGCCUCAGUUUGCCAGAUAGACAUCACAUCCCUUAUUCAUCAGAAGAGUCGCCUCCUGUUACAAAACUUCAGCUUCACACUCUGGCCUUGAGGCAAACUGGUUAUAACCUUCUUUCAGAGCGUUUCCUGGAUCAGCUCUCCACCAUCCACACUCUGACUGUUUGUUACAUCAAGGACUUUUUGUUACACUCAGUGGAUGUCUUUGGACAGUUGCUGAAGAACCUACCAAACUUGACAGAAUUAAAUCUUCUAUGGAUCUCCAAUUUGGAUAUGUUUGUUGAUAACAUUCCUUCCAGCCUUGUUAAACUAAGUGUGAUCGGAACCAAGCUCUCAAACUCUGCUCUCAGCUGUUUGUCUGACAAAUCCUGGAAGCUAAGAGAAAUGGAUCUAACCCUCUCAUAUGGAUUUGAUGAAAAGACUCUGAAACAAUUUCCGCACCUCUUUCCAUUGCUGACUAGACUCUGCCUUAGUGGUUUUGUUUUGACUGACAAUAUCUUGAUGAGCUUGGCUAAAAUGGAGAGUUUGCGAGAACUUGAUGUUACUGGUAGCACAAAUCUGACAAAAGAAGCAAUCCAGAAUUUUCGCAUCACAACAGACUGCAGGGUACAUCUCCUCGUAGAGCGGCAUUCAGUGUCUUCUAAAUGUGACUGCUUAUGGAGCACGUAAUGCACUGCCUUUCUUAUAACCUACCACUGUUUACAGACUUUUGAUUGCUAAAUGUACUGCUAUCAGGAAACCAAGAAUGUUUCUGUCAAGUUCUUCUGAAAUUCCAUGUGAGGAAGAGAUGUAGUGGAAACAAACCUCCACCAUUCUCCAUAACUGAAUAGCUCUUCACUACAGCCAAUGGCUUAUGAAUAUGAAAAACAGAAAUGUCAUCUUUGAGCCUGUAACUCUGCCAAGACAGAACUGUAAACAAAUACUGGCAUUCUAUAUUAAAAUUUCUGAGUAAGUCUCCAAUGGCCAUUGAUAAAACUGUACACUUCUGUUUAAUAUGAUGCUUGACUACAUGCAAAUGAUAUUUUUCUUUUACUGUGUUGUCAUUUCUGCCUGGUAAAUUUUAUUGACAUUCUAAGCCAGCAGCUCAGGCAUGGGAGAAAGGACAGUGGAAAUAAGAGAAGCUGGGGCUCAGGGAGACUGGAAAAUAAUUAAGGGAAAUACAAGAGGGGAGGGACUUGUCAGCAUCUAAGUCUCCAGUGAAGUGUCAGCAAGAAGGAGGUGCCUGGGUGGAUAAAGGCGAGUUACUGAAAAGGUCAGGAUCCCAGCAAAUUGCACCAGUCACAGAAUGGAACCACAGGCCCCUUCUAGUUAACCUUUGGCCAACAUGAAAAUUUAUUUUUUCUAUUCUUUUAGGAGUCUUAGACAGUUUUUAAUCCAUAGUGGCUCUUUACCUCCCAACCAGUGAUUACUUAGAUUUUUGUAAUGGCCUUUUAUGGACUUUUUGAAAGCCCAAUAAACAUUCAACCUGUU